GGAAUAGACCGGUCAAGGUGUAAUGCUGAAUAAAGGGGUGUGCUUGUUUUUCUCUUAUCAGGGAGCUUGAGGAGGAGAGUCUGUCAAGAUGUCGCAGGGCGGCGGCGCGUCAGGUGCUCCCAAGAAAGGUCUGACGCUCGAUGACCUUAUCGCGGCUAUUGACAGGCAUGAAAGAAAUCCGAGCAAUAUCCCCAAGGUCGAUACCUUCCAUUUUUGUGGGGAGAGAGACUCAGAAUGGUUGGAGCGGGUGGAACAAGCUCUGGUCGCGCGGUCGGAUGUUGUAAAAUUUCAGCGCAUUCUCCAGUACGUUCUCCACAGCUACCACCAAGAAGUAAAGAAAGUUAUAGAUGCAGCCCAAGGUAGCUGGGAAAGAUUCAAGGAGGGAAUGCAGAGGAAGUACAGGCUGGGAGAUGGACUAUUGACCACUGCGGACCUCGAGGCAAUGAACAAAGAGGAUCUUACAACGAUAGGGGCCUUUGUUCAAGAAUUUAAAAAGAGGGCGCGGAAGGUCCAUGGGAUUUCGGAGAAAGCACAGUGCGCCAUUUUCCUAGGGCUACUCACGGCAUCGGAGGCCGUCGAGUUGACGAGACAUGGAGGGGGUAGCACCAAGCUCAACUGGGCCACAAUUGACAGAGGGGUGGACGUUGGGUGUUUGGACCAGGUAGAGCAACGUCAGGUACGCCUGCAAAGGCAGAAGAGAAAGGAAAGAGAUGUGACCGCUUCUGGGACCCUGGGGGUAACAAGGAUUGUUACUGACGUAUUGGCACAGCUGGGGUAUGCGACAGAGCCGGUGGUGCAAAGGAGGGUAGUAACGGCUGUCCAAGUGAAAGGAACGGAGCCGGUGAUAGAGGAGGUUGUUCAGGAGGAGCUCUGGGAAGAGGAAGAGUCGGUGCCGCAACGCCUGACGAAGGCCCAGCGCAAAGUGCGUAACUUGGCACAGGGCGGACAGGGAUCAGGAAAAGCGCAGGCGCCUCAGGCGGUGGCGGCGGCUCCUCCAAGUGUGGCGGCGCCCUCGUCUACGCCUGGGCGACCCGGAGUAAAUGUGGUGGGGUCGUGCCCUCAAUCGGGAAUGAUGGGGAGACCCCUCACUCCGCAGGCCCGGCAAGCACAGGCAGCACGAACGAGAAGUCAAGCCAAUGCCAGUGCCAACCAAGAACCUCCGAGAAGGGAGCCCGAACCAGGAAAAUGGAAAGAGGCAAUGAAAGUUGAGGAUGACGAUGAUGAAGAGGAAGAAGACGAGAGGCUGCGUCGAGAAGAGGAUCAGAGAGCGGAGCAGCGGGCAAGGAAAAAGGGGACCAGGGGAGAGGCAAAGUCGGUCAUACGUGACGGACCACCCAAAAGGAAGAAGUACGCGGUUCGGUUGGAAGAGGGAUUUGACGUAGAGAAAGUGAUCGACCAGCUGCUGGAAGGGCAUAAUGACCUCAUGACCCUGAAGGAAAUCCUAGCGUCGGCCCCGCGGCUCCGCGAUGAACUGAAGGGGAGAUUGUCGCGGCGCCUGGUGCCCAAUGUCCAUCUGGGUACGAUCCUGCCCAAGGAGGCUGAGUGGGCGGAGUCGGGUACGAAAAUGGACUCGAAGUGUGUAGCCUGCGGCACAGUGGAUUUGGUGGUGAAGGGUUCCAAGUGCACAACAAUGGUGGACACUGGGGCGGAGAUGAACAUUAUCCGGGAGGCGGACGCGAUCAAAUUCGGGCUAGAUAUAAACCAUUCUGACUGCGGUAUUCUGCAUGGAGCCAGCUGCAAGGCCGUAUUUUGUGGGACAGCCUCAAAUGUACUCAUCGAGGUUGGAAAGGUGAAGGCCCGGGCUUGUUUCUUCAUUAUGCCGGACGUGGAUCACGGAAUCCUCCUAGGGAGGUCAUUCCUGAGUAGGACGAAGACCUUGAUGUUCAAUAAGAAUGACAGGACGUUAAUUCUCCUCCUAUGCGACCCUGCCUGCGGGAAUUACGAUAUAAUUACAUGCAGAAACACAGGACCAAGGAGUAUAAGGAACCGGCCCAACCCAGGAUCCUUCACGAUCGAAGAGUCGGAGGGCGAGCGCCGGAGGCUUCGGGCGGAGCCGAAAGGAGAAGAGGAGGUGAAAGCGUUUUCCCUUAGCCUAUCGGACGUCGGAAAGGCCAUGGACUUGGUGGCUGCACAUGAGAUGGCGGAUCCGGAUGCCAUCCAAGCCUUGAGGGAGCAGGUCCUGGAAUGCCCCGAGACGGGGAGAUUGGAGAUGGUAUAUCAGGACGAGGAAGCAUAUUACGAGAGGGAACGAGGGUUGAUACGGCGAAUGAGGGAGAGCGCUUUAGCAGGACCAUGUCGUAUCAACGAAGGGAAUGAAGGGGAGUUGAUUAUAGGGGAGCCCAACUUCCUACUGCCUCAGGAGCAGACAUUGAUGGUGGAGUUGAUGAAGAGGAGGCACAACGCCUAUGCGUUUAGUGACGAGGAGCGUGGCAUGCUGGAUGUGGACAAAAUACGUAUGAUCCGCAUCCAUACCGUGCUACACGAGCCUUGGAACAUGCAAGGGGCGCGAUAUCCUAAUCCUGACGAGGAGAAGAAGGUGGUGGAUUACCUCGACGGCAAGAUACGUACGCACGUCGCCGACUAUUCGAGUGGGCCGUAUGCGUCCCCGUGGUUCUGCUUCAUCAAGCCUAACGGGACGCUGCGGUGGGUGCAAGAUUUGCAGAGGCUGAAUGCGGUGACCGUGUGGGACGCUGGAGGACUGCCAAAUGCAAAGGCAGAGAGGGCACUGUCUAAGCAGGUCAGAGACAUGGCCCGAGACUGGGAGAGCUGCAGGGCACAUCUGAGAGAGGCCUUUCGACGGCCAGAGCCCCCUCAGCCCAUAGUUGAGAGGCAUCUGAGGAGUCAGAGGCAGAGGGACCCUGAGCCCAGGGAGGCGAGGCCAUCUCGAGGAGGACGGAAGGCCCUAGCUAGGAGAGAGGCGGAACCAGAGCCGGAGCCAGAGGCUGAGGAGCGAGGACCAUACCCUGAGUGUGGGUUGGGAGCAGUGGAGUUCCACCGAUUUACCGCAGGAGGAUUGAGGAGGUCGCCAGCACGCGUGCAGGAGGAGCCCCCAGCGUCUGAGGGGCCUUUGAGGGAGUUGGAGGCACAUUUGGAUAUCUCUCGGUGGAGAACGUCGCCUCGAGAUGAGGAACGUGAAGGACCGGUAGAGGAGGCACCGGCAGAGGAGGUGCCACGAGAGGAGGUGCCACGAGAGGAGGUGCCACGAGAGGAGGUGCCACGAGAGGAGGCGCCACAUGAGGAGAUACCACGAGAGGAGGUCCGAGAUACUCAGCAAGAGAGAGGGCUAGGCCAUGGGGGGAGACGUGCAGGGAAGGAAGUGAUAGAGGUUGGAGAAGACACGCCCCCUCAGACGCCAGCAGUAGGCUUGAGACUUGGAGAUGCACCUGGGAGCAUGCGCCAGUCAGGAGAGAAGGAGUUGCAAAGGGAAGAGGCCCCAUUGCCUUCAUCAAGAAAGGCUCCUUCGCCAGAGAGCAAGGCAGAAAAAAGGAGAAAGAGGGCAGCUGUCAGGAGAGAAGCCUUGACCCUGAUCGACAGGCACCUAGCAGCCCAUGCCCUAGAGCACCCAGACCUGGAGGAGCCAACACUUGCAGAGCCGCGCCAGGAGCCAUGCCAACCCGAGAAGGAAAUGGAGGCAGAAAUCCCAAAGAGGGUUGACCUCCGCACAAGGGAAAGGGCGCCGGCUGGAGAGACAGGCGAAGAAAAGAGGGCAAGAAGAACCAGGAGGAUAGAAGAGAUAUGGCAGGAGAGGCAGAGGUUGGAGGCAGCGGGGGAACUUCCGGAGCAGCAGCAGGAGAGGCAGAGAUUGGAGGCAGCAGGGGCGCUCCCGGGUCAGCCACCCAGCGAGCCAGCUAAGGCCCCAGAGAUCCCUGAGAUGUGGAGGGACUUCUAGGAGCAGAGAGGAGAGGAGCUUCCUUCGCUAACCAGAGCGGGGUUUAGGGUGGCAAGGAAGGCAGAAGAAAGGUUGGAUCGCAAGAUCAAGC